CCCGGCUCCCUGCCCUGCCCCUGACCCAGGUGGUCCCCUCCGCUCUACCUAGGGCGAACCUUCUUUGCCGCCCCUGGGAAGUGAGAGUAGCUCUCCAGCCCGGGUGGGGAUGGGGGUCCCGAGGCUGUGCGUUCUCAAGUUGGAGCGGUGCCCCUUCUGGAAGGCCGUCUGGGAGCGAGCGAGGGCAGGGCGGGCAUCUGUAUGCCGGGAAGGCAGCGCGGCGCUCUGCGGGCGCUUCCCGCGGCCGCCGCCUGGGUGCCGCGGGGUGCGGUGCUGGCGGAGCGUCCUGCUGGGACCCGCGGCGCCGGGGCGUGUGCGAGAGCCGAGGGAUGAGGAUGGGGGAGCCGCGGGACGGGGAUGAACGCACAAUCGCCCUUGUGAGGCCGCUGCCGUUGGGAGGCCCCCGGGCCCCGAGGCCAACAGACGGCCCGGACACAAUGUACCCCAGCAGGCGCAGCCUCCCUUUCCCCCUCAGCUGUCAGCUCGUGAGGGUUGGAACUGCUGAUAAUGGAGGUGCCUCGGAUCAGAGUGAUCAGCAGCUGGACUGUGCCUUGGACUUGAUGAGGCGCCUGCCUCCACAGCAGAUCGAGAAAAACCUCAGCGACCUGAUAGACCUGGUCCCCAGUCUAUGUGAAGAUCUCCUGUCUUCGGUUGACCAGCCACUGAAAAUCGCCAGAGACAAGGUGGUGGGAAAGGAUUACCUUUUAUGUGACUACAACAGAGAUGGGGACUCCUAUAGGUCACCGUGGAGUAACAAGUAUGACCCUCCUUUGGAAGAUGGGGCCAUGCCUUCUGCUCGGCUGAGGAAGCUGGAGGUGGAAGCCAACAAUGCCUUUGACCAGUACCGAGACCUGUAUUUUGAAGGCGGCGUCUCGUCUGUCUACCUCUGGGAUCUGGAUCAUGGUUUUGCUGGAGUGAUCCUCAUAAAGAAGGCUGGAGAUGGAUCAAAGAAGAUCAAAGGCUGCUGGGACUCCAUCCACGUGGUGGAAGUGCAGGAGAAGUCCAGCGGUCGCACCGCCCAUUACAAGCUGACCUCCACGGUGAUGCUGUGGCUGCAGACCAACAAAUCCGGCUCUGGCACCAUGAACCUCGGCGGCAGCCUUACUAGACAGAUGGAGAAGGAUGAAACCGUGAGCGACUGCUCCCCGCACAUAGCCAACAUCGGGCGCCUGGUCGAGGACAUGGAAAAUAAAAUCAGAAGUACGCUGAAUGAGAUCUACUUUGGAAAAACAAAGGACAUCGUUAAUGGGCUAAGGUCUGUGCAGACUUUUGCAGACAAAUCAAAACAAGAAGCUCUUAAGAACGACCUGGUGGAGGCUUUGAAGAGAAAGCAGCAGUGUUAAGCCUCUUCUUCCCAACUAACCGGACACGCUGCCGUGCGCUCACUAGAUUCCUUUCUUAGAAACUCGUUUUCUGCUCCCUCCCUCGUCCCUUCCCUCCCCCCCGCCCAGGUCACACAACAACUUGCAUCACCACUGCACAGCGCCAUCUCUCCCUGAGAAUAAACCCUAUAAAAACCCUUCUUGUCUCUGAGGCCUACUUCCCACCACAUUUUGCUAUCAAAACUCAGUAUUUCCAUAGAAACCAUGUUUUCUGUUUGCCCCGGCCCCCCCGUCUCUCCACCACCACCCAUUUAUAGGCAUAAAAUACACUGUCUGUCUGCCUCCCUUCCCUCCCACCCUUUUGUUACAUUGGUGUAAAAAAUGUAAAACAAAAAAAUUUUAUGAAAUAACUGUGGUGUGUGAAAGAUAGAAGAAAAACUGGAAAUCUGAUUCCACGUGUGUUUGGGAGUUGCUUGGGGUUGGGGGUUGGCGGGGACAGGGGACAGCUCUGGGAGAAAGGAGAGGUGGCCCUCAGCGUCGUCCCGCACGCCUGGCCCCUGUCCCGCGGAGACCACACGGUGGGGGGCGGGGACCUGCGGACCGUCCUGCUCUUCUGGCCAGGUGCUUUUCUGUCAAUUUUUAUGGAAUGCAAAAGGAGUUUUUGUUUUAUUUUGUUUUUUUGUAAAGCUUAAAAAAAAAUCUACAUCUUAUACUUGAGCUUCCAUACUUAAAAAAAAAAAAAGGAAAAAAAGAACAAAAAAAUAAAUAAAAAGAAACUGGGAUGCAGU